AUGGCGGUGCGCGAACAGGGUAUUGCGGGGGAUGCGGGGACGAGUGUAGCGACGGUGGUAGUUGAGGCAGAGGCGGAGGCGGAGCGGAGGGAGGGGCUGGGGGGAGCGGAAGAGGAGAAGGCGGAGAAGCUACAGUACGUGCCGUUGCACACACACAGCGACUUCAGCCUUUUAGACGGAGCCAGCCAGUUGAAGGGACUGGUGGCACGGGCCAAGGAGCUCAACAUGCCUGGCAUUGCGCUCACUGACCAUGGCGUGAUGUACGGUGCGCUGCAGCUGGUGCGCAUGUGCGAGGCGGAGGGCUUAAAGCCCGUGAUCGGCAACGAGAUGUACCUCGUGCAUGACGAGGGCGCUCCCGCCGCCCUGCUGCAGGCCGCACGU